ACUUAUUGAUCUCAAAUAUAAUCAUGUGAGCGAUUAUAUAAUCAUGUUUGCAUCUGUUAUUACAGUUUUAGUGUAUUUCACUGUGUCCAGUUUUGCAACUAACGUAGAGGGCUAUAAACCUGUGAUACAGAAAACAGUCGAGGCUUUCUUUAUUGAUAGAUCUGACACCAUUUACCCAGGCCCUUGCGAAGUAUUAAUUCCGUCUAUAAGACAAUCAAAAAUAUGCAAAAGACACCCCGGCCUAUCAAAUAUUUUGCAAUUAGCGAAGAAUCAAGCUAUAACAGCCUGCGAGGACACCUUUCAGUAUGAUCGUUGGAAUUGUUCCCUUGUUUAUAACCAGAAACGUAGACGAAGCGUUUUCAAUAAAAUUUACAGAGAAACUGCAUUUAUUUACGCAUUAGUAGCAGCUUCUAUCACCCAUGCAGUUGCAAAAGCCUGCUCAUCUGGUGAUUUAGAACGAUGUUCCUGCAUGGGAACCUUGAGGAACUCUUCAUGGCAAAUAAGAGGGUGUGGCGACGAUUUUAAAUAUGGAAAGAAGUUAACAAAGAACUUUUUAGACUUCAAACAUGCUGGCACGGAUCAAAUAGCCGAAAUGUUAAAACAGGAUGUUAAUAUUGGUAUAGACGUCAUUGGGGAACAGUUGAAAGAAGUAUGUAAAUGCCAUGGAUUUUCUGGCUCAUGUACGACGAAAACUUGUUGGAAAAAGUUGGGGCCUUUCAGCUCAGCGAUGGGCCUAUUAAAGAAACAUUAUCAUCACGCAAUUAAAACUAAACUUAUGAACUAUACGACGAAGCGAGCGAUUGCUCCAAAAGUAAGGAGAAAAAUGGAGUCUGUAAAGAAAAAUUUGCUUUACUUUCAGAAGACUCCGAAUCUUUGUGUGAGAACGAAGGGUAGGGUUUGUAAAGAUAGACAUAAUUGUGUGACCCUGUGUUGUGGAAGAGGGUACGAGGUUCAGCAAAGAUCUGUGAAACGAAGAUGUCGGUGUAAAAUGGUGGAUUGUUGUGUUGUGAAAUGUGAUACUUGCGUUGAGGAGACAGACUAUUUUGUAUGCAAAUAGUGUUCUUGUAAAUUAAUCAAAUACUUGUUGUUUUUUGUACAUUGCACAGCUAUUAUAUUUGUUGUAUUAUACGAAGUGAUAUAAAUAAAUUAUUUUAACUAGGAGUAACUACAUAAUAUAUACCUACGUAUUUAUUGGGGGUCAAUUUAAUUAGGUACAUAAUAUAUUCAAUGAAUAAUCGAAUAUUCGAUCUCUCUUGUGUAAUUUUAUAAACGGUUUCGUAAACCUUAAGUAUGCUUAGAUAAAUUGGACGUAAUUCAAGAAAAACGUUCCACACCACAAUCAUGUCGAAAUUGAGUUAAGAACACAAAACUGGUCA